UGAAAAGGGUUUUCGGAUUAAAUAGUUCCCUUCAAAGGGUUUGUUUGUCAAAGCUGAUGCAUGAAGACCAGCUGCUACACCUUUUCCUGGGGCUUCGACAACUCCGUUUCAUUUAUUUGGGUAAAAUCCCAUUUUAGAAUUUUGAAUAAAUAUUUGGAAUUUACAGAGAAGUACUUGUAAUUUUUCAAGGUAGUGGAAAAAAAAAAGGCUCUUCUGGGAAUGAGGGCAGAGUUAAGCACAAGCAAGCUGACCCACUGACCAAAAGUGUACUUUUUCUUUUGCAAGUUCAAGUUCUUAUCGAGGGUUCGGUUCAACAAAUAAAAAAGGCCUUCUUUUGAUAUUUUUUGUGGUGGGUUCAAGGGUUUCUCGUUGAGCAAGGCCAAGGGUCUAAUGGCAAUAGUGGAUUCCAGCAGCAGAAUCUCUUCUAGCCUUGAGUUCUUCAAGGUUUUUUUCCCCAAUUCCAGUUCUGAGCGUAUGAGUAUACCACCUGCUUUUGUGAAGUAUUUUAAUGGAAGGAUACCAAGUGAAGCUGUUAUCAGAGAUCAAAGCGGAAAAUCUUGGCAUGUUACCUUGGAAGAACUGAAGAAUGUUGUGUUUUUCAAGGAUGGCUGGCAAGAAUUUGUUGACAGCCACCUCUUGAAACUUGGAGAGUUUUUAGUUUUUCAAUACGAUGGGAGUCAUAUGUUUGAUGUUAAGAUAUUUAGUAAAAAUGGAUGCAAGAAAAAGCUAGUAUCAAGAACCGGUACUCCUUUCCCAGUUGCGAAGGUCAAAGAUGAGCCCCAAUCUGAGCACGAUUAUAGUACAUCCUUAACUCGUUGCAAAAGAAGUGAUUCAGAAGUUAGAUCCACUGGUUCAGGCACUGCCCCUAAAUCAAAGAGAAGAUCAACAUCAAAUCUUGAAGAACUUAGUCCCUCUAACAACACAGAACAUAUUUCGACAAAAUCACCAACCUUCGAGCACAUAGUUAGGCAUUGGUCACGUAACUCCAUUCAUAUUCCUAAACCGGCGAUAGUUACCCAUAACAUCUUGCUGAAGCCAAAUGUGGUUAUUGUAGAUGAAAUGGGCAGGUCGUGGGUGGUGACCGCGAAGCCAAUUAGCCGUGGUCGGUUUGCCUUGACCACUGGUUGGCCUGCUUUCUUCAGGGAAAAUAGUUUGAUACCAGGCGAUGAAUGUACAUUUGAGUUUGUUCUUGGUUCGAAUAACAUUUGUGGAGAACUAAAGGUGAAAAUCAUGCGCACCCUCGAAAUAACUCAACAAGAAAAACAGACAACAAUGGUGCAAGAGGAAUGAUGCAUUGUAUCUUGCAUCUGAAUCUUCCUUGUAAAAAAUAAUUUUGUUGCUGUACUGUACACACUUCAAUGUUUAAGUUCUAAACAGAAUAUUUAGAGUAUGUUUGGGAUCUCUUUUAAAAAA